GUUGGAAGAGGAGGGUACAUGGGACCCCCCAAACCGUUACAUUGAAUUUGUUCUGCAAUUUUCCAUUUUUCCAUCACAAACAAUCCUCUCUCCGACCACCACCCCACACGGCGAAGCACAUCAAACUCUCACCGUCAUCACCACCACAUUCUUCAGAUUCCACCAUUUUUUCUGUUUCUAAAUUUUCUCUUCUUCUUUUUGUGUGUACCAUCAUCAUCUCUCAAUUCUCAGAGACACAAACAUUGUUCCUUGUUUUGAGGGAUUCCCCACCCUCUUUUGUUCAUACAUUGGCUGGUGAUUCAGUUUGAGGGGUGCCCAGUUGAUGUUUUAGCUUUUCUUUCCCUUCUUCACGUUCAAAAUUGGAUUUUUUUCUCAUUGGUGUUGAAGGGAAAGAGAGCAAAAUUUCAAGCCAGACUUUGGUUAAACUCUGCCAAUUUUUCAUUCAAUUGUUUGUUUGAUUAUAUUGGAAUUUGAAAAUGAGUAUGGUUUCCGGAGUCAUUUCCCGGCAAGUUCUGCCUGCUUGUGGCAGUCUUUGUUUCUUCUGCCCUGCCAUGAGAGCCAGGUCCAGACAACCUGUCAAGAGGUACAAGAAGCUCAUUGCUGAGAUUUUCCCUCGUAAUCAGGAGGAAGGGGCAAAUGAUAGGAAAAUAGGAAAACUAUGUGAUUAUGCUGCCAAAAAUCCUUUACGCAUCCCAAAGAUUGUGAAUGCCCUCGAGCAAAGGUGUUACAAGGAGCUACGAAGCGAGAAUUUACAUUCAACAAAAAUAGUCAUGUGUAUUUACAAGAAAUUUCUGUUUUCUUGUAAAGAACAAAUGCCACUAUUUGCAAGUAGCUUGCUAAGUAUUAUCCACACGCUGCUGGAUCAAACACGGCAGGAUGAAAUGAGAAAUAUAGGAUGCCAUAUUCUUUUUGAUUUUGUAAAUAAUCAGCUUGAUGGAAGUUACCUGUUCAGCUUAGAAAGUAUUAUCCCGAAGCUCUGUCAGUUAGCUCAAGAAACUGGGGAAGAUGAAAGGGCAAGAGCUACUCGUUCAGCUGGUUUGAAAGCCCUUUCGUCAAUGGUUCGGUUUAUGGGCGAACACUCUCAUAUAUCAGUUGAGUUUGAUAAUAUUGUUACAUCUGUCCUGGAGAACUACGAAGUUCCUAAAGAUAAUUCAGCAAGCAUUGGUCAUGAGAAUCAAGGUCCUGAGAAGAAGUGGGUCCAAGACGUCUCCAAUGAGGGUCAAAUCUCUCCUUUGAUGGAUGUCAAAAUGAGAAACCCGUCCUGGAGUAAGAUUGUUAAUGACAAAGGCGACAUAAAUAUAACAAUGGAAGAUGACAAAAAUCCCUCUUUUUGGUCCGGGGUUUGCCUACACAACAUGGCCAACUUAGCCAAGGAAGGGACUACUAUACGUCGUGUAAUGGAAUCUGUAUUUCGAUACUUUGAUAAUAGAAAUUUAUGGUCUAUAAACCAUGGCCUUGCUUUUUCUGCUUUGAAGGAUAUACUAUUUUUGAUGGAUGACUCUGAGAAAAACACACAUGUUUUGCUGUCAAUGUUAAUUAAGCAUCUGGAUCAUAAAAUUGUCCUUAAAGAACCCAACAUGCAGAUAGACAUUAUUGAGGUGACCACUUCACUUGCCCAGUAUGCGAAGGUCCAACCUUCUGUAUCAAUAAUUGGUGCAAUAAGUGACAUGAUGAGACAUUUGCGGAAAAGCAUACACUGUUGCCUAGAUGACUCAAAUCUGGCCACUGAUGUAAUCAAUUGGAACAAGAAAUUCAGAGAAGUUGUGGACAAAUGUCUUGUACAGUUAGCAAACAAGGUUGGAGAAGCAGACCCAAUUCUUGAUGUUAUGGCUGUGAUGUUAGAGAAUAUCUCAACUAUUAUGAUGACAUCCAGAACCACAGUCUAUGCUGUCUAUCAGACUGCUCAAAUUGUAGCCUCCUUACCAAAUUUGUCCUAUCAGAAUAAGGCAUUCCCUGAGGCAUUGUUUCAUCAACUACUCCUGGCUAUGAUCCAUCCAGAUCAUGAAACACGAGUGGUAGCUCACCGCAUCUUUUCUGUGAUUGUUGUGCCAACCUCUGGUUUCCCUCGUCCGUGCUUGUCUGUUUCUGACACCAAGGCAUUGGAUGUGCCCCGAACUCUUUCUAGAGCAGUGUCUGUUUUCCAUUCUUCAGCUUCCUUAUUUGAGAAGCUAAGACAGGAGAAACGUUCUUCAAGUGAAAGAUUAAGUCAACAUAACAAAGAAAGUAUUGCUGGAGGGGCCCUUUCUAGUAUGAAUAGCCCUCCUCCAUUAACUAAAGGGGACAAAAUUACUGCAGACAAUGAUAAUCAGAACUUGGAGGCUACUUCCCUCAGGCUGAGUAGGCAUCAGAUAAAUCGAUUGCUAUCAUCAAUUUGGGCACAGUCUACCUCUCCUGAAAAUAUGCCUGCAAAUUAUGAAGCGAUUGCUCAUACUUACACCUUGGUGUUGCUUGUUUCUAGAGCCAAGAAUUCUUUUCAUGAGGUACUAAUUCGGAGUUUUCAACUUGCAUUUUCUUUAUGGAAUAUGUCUCUUAAAGAAGGGCCAUUGCCACCAUCUCGUCGGAGAUCACUUUUUACUUUGGCAAUUUCGAUGAUAAUGUUUUCUUCAAUAGCAUACAACAUUGCCCCUCUUGUGCGUAGUACCAAGGCAGUGCUUACAGAGAGAAAGGUUGACCCCUUCCUUCAAUUGAUUGAAGAUUACAAGUUGCAAGCUGUCAACUGUGAACCAGAUGAUCUGACCAUCAACUAUGGAUCCAAAGAAGAUGAUCAUAGGGCCUUAGAUACACUUUCAGAGUUAUCAACUUCUAUACACCAGACACAAGAACGCUUUGCUUCUGAAAUCAUCAAGAGCUGGAAAUCCUUUUCAAACGCUGAAGCAACCUCAAUAAGGGAGCAACUGCUGCAAGAAUUCUCACCAGAUGAUACAUAUGAACUUAGAUCUCAAUUGAACAUGAUUGUGCCUGAAAAGGAUGCUUCAGUAGUUUCAAUUGAUGAUUUUAUUCCCGAGUUGUCUGAGAGCCAAUCAAAAAAGAAUCCGAGAUUGUCCAUGGAGGUCCCUAGUUUUUUGAGUGCUGAUCAACUUUUAGAAUUAACUUUUGACACAUCUCAUCCUGUUGGGAGGAUUUCUGUGUCAACUGCAUUCAAUAUGCCUUACGAGGAUAUGGCUGAUAACUGUGAGGUGCUUUUGAUGGGAAAGCAGAAGAUGUCCAGAUUGAUGAGUGCCCAACAGAAGCAAGAAUGUUUAGUAAACAACCCUUUACCAAAUCACGACAACGAAUUGAAAAAUAUGGAUUCGUCUUCCCAUAUGGAUAUUCAGAAGGCUGCAAAUCCUCUCUUUGAUGAGAAUACUGUUGUUGAUUUGUACAAACCAACUUCUGGUCCUGUUCCAAUGCUGUGUGCAACUGAAUAUCAGAACCAUCCUAACCUUUUCAAACUGCCAGCAUCAAGUCCCAUCGAUAACUUUCUCAAAGCUGCUGGUUGUUGAUCCUGUAGUUGUACUGGUUCACAUACUCUAUCAGGUAGUAAAGAAACCAUGAUGAAGUGAACAGUAAGGCUUCUAAGCACUGUAACUUCACUUUUGCACAAGGCCAAGAUAGAUUUGGAAAUAGUGGUGCUGCUGUUUUUUCAUGAGGGUUUGAGUUUAUAAAUUUUGAUUGCUAGUGUAAACAAUUUCUACAUUAAUAUUCAAUUCUUUAUUAUUUUCUUCACCUAAAGGCUUUCUGCUAUGCAGUCCUUGUAAAUUAUAAUUUGUUGGUAUUCUGUUUUCAUGUAAAUAAACAGAAAUUGCAGCUAUUUUUUUCUUUUGCAAUA